AUGACGCCAUGGGUUCUGCUUUUUUGGCUGGUGUUGGCGACCAAUGGAUCUAAGAUCGACGAGGGUCCCGAGCUGGCAGCGGACCAGAUCCUGGAAGAAGCCGUGUUGGAGGCAAAGUUCUUCGACUAUCGGGAGCGGCUUGGGAUCAACGACCGAAGAACCCUGGAAGUUUUCUUUCAGCUCUUCGACCUUUGGAUCAUGCUCUACCGCCUGAACAAGGCGGAUGAAGCCCUGAAGGAGGUGUUCCCAGCUUGCGAAUGGCGGCAGGACGAUCUUACCAUCCAAGCCAUCCAGGCGCUGGCCUUCACGCGCUGGAAGCAGGGUCGCUUCAAGGAGGCUCUGACAUGGUUUCAUCAGAUGGAGGGGCUCUUAGGCAAGAGUGCCGCCCUGUGCGAGAACAUCGGGCAUACCUACAACUCGCUGGGGAUGCCCGCAGAAGCUGAGAUGUACUUCGUGCAGUCUCUCAUGUUCUUGAGCACCAAUUCCACCAUGGAGAAAAGCAACAAAGGCGGCGUCCUGCUCGGGCUGGCUGGAGUGCGGGAGAAGCAGUCCAAGUUGCUUGAAGCCCGCGAAUCGGCACAGGAGGCAUACGACCUGUACAAGAAGCGGGACAGCAAGAACGGCUGGGAGUCAUCCCUAACAGCCAAAGCUGCCAUGACCCUGAGUAAACUUGCGCUGAAGCUCGGCGACUUGGAGGAGGCCGAGAAGAGAACUGAGGAGGCCGUCCGCCUUUUCGAGUCCACCUCAGGUGAAGACUCCCCAUUGCUUGCGGGCGCCUUCAAGCGAUUGGGCGAGAUACGCAUGGCACAGGAGCGGUGGCCUGAGGCUCGAAGUGCCUUCCACAGCGCGUACAAGCUGGAGGCAAUUAAAGACGCCUUCGAUCUCACGGAAGUCGUCAUCAUCCAUCAACAUCUGUCAGAUUCCCAUCUUGGGAAAGGUGAGCUGGACCGAAAGAGCUUCCGCCCUUACUUUCCGACGAUUGCGCAGGUCCUCAAGCGUGUCUACGACAUGAAGCAAGACGGGAAUGCCGGGGCAUACUACAAGCUUGCCGGCGAGUUCUUUGUACUUGGGGAGGACUGCGAGGCGGGGAAGUCGCUGCUGUCGGCAGCUGUGGCACUUCUGGAAACCGAGUCUUCGAUAGACACCUCCGGCAUGGUGCAGAGCUGCAAAGACCUCAUCGGUUACUGCGGAGGAACCUCCAAAUGA